UCCCCUCCUCCUCUGCCACCGCCCCGCGGGCAGCUCCCCCGGGCCACACGCCCGUUCGAUCCUCUUUUCCCUGGUUUACGGAUUUCCGAGGGCGAAGAAUUUCGCCUCGGUCCCUGCGAGUGUCUCUCGGCCUCUCUCCCUCUCCCCUCGCGACUCCCCCUUCCCGUGGGCGCGCGCGCGCACGCUCGCUCACACACACACACACACACACACUCGCCGGCGCGCGUGCGCACGGCCGCGCGCCCUGAGCCACGGAGUCUCCAGCGCCUCUCAGCAGAUCCCACUCUCUCCGGCGCCGCUACUCACACAGGCUUCCAGCCGCCACUGGGCGUCCUCUGUCUGCGGUAGCGCGGCCGAGGCGGUGGUGGGAAAGGUAGCUGCAGCCCGGCGCGGUCUCAGAGCUCCGUGCCCUGGACCGAGUCCGGGGAGAAGCGGAGAAGGAGGACGCCGAGGCGAGGAGGAGCCGCGCCGCGCCCGAGUCCGCGCGGCUGGCUGCCUUCGCUACCGGUACCGCAGCCCCAGGUUAUACCUCUGCUACCUAAGGAUUUGGUUUUGCCGGCACUUCACUUUCCUGCACAAGUGUGCUUUCUAAAUGUGUUAUCAGGCUUCUCCACCUCAUCUCCUAUAGAAGUGUAUGUGGUUCUCUAACAAAAUCAUUGAAAUCCCUCAGAACAGACUGAGUUGAAGGUCCUUUCUUCCUGGGUUGGACUCUACGCACUUUCCUUCAAGAAAGUGGUGCCCACGUGAGGGCAGCCCGCGGUUUCUCCUGACAUCCGUCUGAAGCCUGGUCUUUCACCCAGUUCAGUUGCAUCUUUCUGCAAAGGUCCUUUGCAGCCAGCAUGAUGCCAUCUUUAUAACCCGUGGAGGAGAGAGCGCUCACCAUGUUCAGCUGUGCAACCAGCCCCAGAGAGGCAGUGUGUCUCUGAGUCACCUGAGCUCCGUGCUGCUGCCUUCCUGCUGUCCACCCACCUCUCUUCACCUCUGACGAUCCUCCUAGUGUCUGCAGGCUCUCCUGGGCCGACUAUCUCAAAGGGAAGUGCCUCUCAGAAGCAUCUGGCAUGUCAGAGCUACAGUGUCUUCCAUGGGACUUCCUUUGUGAACAGCUUCCAUCUAAAGGAGUUGUGUGAAUACCUUGUUUCAGUCAAGUUCCCAAAGAACACAUUUGUCUUCUGAUCUGCUGGAGGUCUUAAGGAAGCUACUAGAGAAUGAGCUCCACAAAAAUGAGGAUGUAAACCAAGAAAGAGGAAACCAUGGGAUCCAGGAAGCGGGGGACCCAACACAGGCGAGAGGCACAGGGAUUUCGCAAGAUGGUGUUAAAAAGAAGCCCCAGGACAACAGAAUCCGAUGAUCUCCGUGGGGACCCUGCACUCAGCCAUCAAAGCACUCCCGCCCCUCAGGAUGUUCGUAAUUCAAUAGUAGAUGCAGGCGGCGUUGAAAGCAUCACACAGUGUCCCCAGCAGCUUCCUCAGAUGAUGGCUGCAGCAGCCGAUGGUUUGGGGAGUCUCGCAAUCGACACGACCCAACUGAACAUGUCAGUGACGGACCCCACCGCCUGGGCCACCGCUAUGAAUAACUUGGGCAUGGUUCCCGUGGGGUUGCCUGGACAGCAGCUCGUGUCAGACUCAAUCUGUGUACCAGGCUUUGAUCCAGGCCUCAACAUGAUGACUGGGAUCACCCCUAUUAACCCAAUGAUACCAGGCCUGGGGCUGGUACCACCCCCGCCAACAGAAGUGGCUGUCGUCAAAGAAAUAAUCCACUGCAAAAGCUGUACUCUUUUCCCCCAGAACCCAAAUCUUCCACCUCCCUCCACAAGAGAACGACCUCCCGGGUGUAAGACCGUGUUUGUCGGGGGAUUACCAGAAAACGCCACUGAGGAAAUCAUCCAAGAAGUCUUUGAGCAGUGCGGUGACAUCACAGCGAUUCGGAAAAGCAAGAAGAAUUUUUGUCACAUUCGCUUUGCCGAGGAGUUCAUGGUUGAUAAAGCCAUUUACCUUUCUGGUUACCGGAUGCGCUUAGGGUCUAGCACGGACAAAAAGGACUCAGGCCGGCUGCACGUGGACUUCGCCCAGGCCCGGGACGACUUCUACGAGUGGGAGUGCAAGCAGAGGAUGCGCGCCCGCGAGGAGCGGCACCGGCGCAAGCUGGAGGAGGACCGGCUGCGGCCGCCCUCGCCGCCGCCCAUCAUGCACUACUCAGAGCACGAGGCCGCGCUCUUGGCCGAGAAGCUGAAAGACGAUAGCAAGUUUUCAGAGGCCAUCACAGUGCUGCUGUCCUGGAUUGAGCGAGGGGAAGUAAACCGGCGGUCCGCAAACCAGUUCUAUUCCAUGGUGCAGUCGGCCAACAGCCAUGUCCGCCGGCUGAUGAACGAGAAAGCCACCCAUGAGCAGGAGAUGGAGGAGGCCAAGGAGAAUUUCAAAAAUGCCUUAACCGGGAUCCUCACUCAAUUUGAGCAGAUUGUGGCCGUUUUCAACGCUUCUACCAGACAAAAAGCUUGGGACCAUUUCUCGAAAGCUCAGCGCAAGAACAUAGACAUUUGGCGAAAGCAUUCUGAGGAGCUCCGGAACGCUCAGAGCGAGCAGCUUAUGGGCAUCCGCCGAGAAGAAGAGAUGGAGAUGUCGGAUGAUGAGGACUGUGACAGCCCUACUAAAAAACUGAGAGUUGAUGAAUCAGCCCUGGCCGCCCAGGCCUAUGCGCUUAAAGAAGAGAACGACAGCCUCCGGUGGCAGCUGGACGCCUACAGGAACGAAGUGGAGCUGCUGAAGCAGGAGAAAGAGCAGCUGUUUCGAACGGAAGAAAACCUGACCAAGGACCAGCAGGUGCAGUUCCUGCAGCAGACCAUGCAAGGCAUGCAACAGCAAUUGCUGACCAUCCAGGAGGAGUUAAACAGCAAAAAGUCAGAAUUGGAACAAGCAAAGGAAGAGCAGUCACACACACAGGCAUUACUCAAAGUCCUCCAGGAACAAUUGAAGGGUACCAAGGAGUUGGUCGAGACCAAUGGCCACAGCCAUGAGGACACAAAUGAAAUUAAUGUGUUGACAGUCGCAUUGGUCAACCAAGACCGAGAGAACAAUAUUGAGAAAAGAAGCCAAGGCUUAAAAUCAGAGAAAGAAGCUCUGCUGAUCGGCAUCAUAUCAACGUUUCUUCACGUCCACCCUUUUGGAGCCAAUAUAGAAUAUCUCUGGUCAUACAUGCAGCAGCUGGACUCCAAGAUAUCUGCAAACGAAAUCGAAAUGCUUUUGAUGAGGUUGCCGCGCAUGUUUAAACAGGAAUUCACAGGCGUGGGAGCAACGCUGGAAAAAAGGUGGAAGUUGUGUGCCUUUGAAGGAAUUAAAACUACCUAACUGUGAAGAGCAGCAAAGUCUCUGGAUAUGAAACUGCCUGAACCCAGCCAGGGCUGUGCAGUGUGAGCCCAGGAGGUUUGGGGCUGGUCCAGCGCAGGACCUUUAUGGAGCCAUCAGAGCCUGACUUUAGUUACAUCUGUGGCGUUCUCUUGUGAGUGGAAAUGUAAUUGUGUACCAGUUCCCUAAAACAAACAAAGCUUCAUACUGUGACAGAUCUGUUUGCUACGAAAACCAACGAUUCCACAGUCAUGAUGGCAAAACCUUAAAAUAUGCUACGUUUGAGAAUAGCUCACCAAGUAAAAUAUUUAAAGUUAAUGAUGGUGUGGCAAUGGUUGUUGCUAGGCUACAGAGUUGUUGUAUAUGUAAUCUAUAGCUGAAAUCAUUCAAUGACAUUUUCCUGAAAGUCUUUCUGUUUUAGUAAAAAAAAAAAAAAAAAA